AUGGUUGGCCACAUUACUUUUGAGGACAUGGAUCAAGACCAAAAUCUUGUUGAGGAAAAUGCUAAGGAUGCUCCUUUUGCUUUGGAAGAGGGAAAUAAAGCUACAGUUGAUGAGUUGAAAGAAGUUAAUCUCAGAACAAUGGUUGACUUUCCUCUUCCCAUCAUUGAAAUUAUGGUGGAAGCCAUAACUGGUUAUGAAUUACUUUUCUUCAUGGAUGGCUCGUCUAGCUAUAAUCAAAUCCCAACGGCUGCUAAGGAUGCAGAAGCGACAACAUUUCGAACACCGAAAGUUGUAAAGUCAAAGAAAGAAACUGACCACAUCCAUGAUCUUCGACAAGUAUUCCAGCAUUUACGUAAAUUCCAACUGAAGAUGAAUCCUUUAAAAUGUGCAUUUGAAGUAUCCUCAGGAAAGUUUUUAGGGUUCAUUGUGAGACACCAAGAUCACCAAUACAAGGGUGUCCCUCAUCUUGUAUAUUGUUUCUCAAGAAUGCUCUUUGGGAGUACUAUUAGCACAAGAAAUGAUGAAGGAAAGGAGAAUCCAUUGUAUUAUCUCAGUAGAACACUAACUGGUGCUGAGUUGAACUAUUCAUCAAUUGAGAAGAUGUGUUUAGCAUUAAUAGUUGAGAUAACAUACAUCCCACAAAGAGCAAUAAAAGGGCAAGCCCUUGCUAAUUUUCUUGCAAACCAUCCUAAUCUUGAUGAUUGGAAGUUCUCUGAAGAGUUACCGGAUGAAGAAGUUUUCCUUGUUGAAGUUCCACAACCUUGGAUAAUGUUCUUUAAUGGUGCAUCAAGUCAAAUGGGUGGAGCUAGAGUUGUUUUAAUCACUCUAAAAGGGGAAAUCUUACCUUUCACGUUCAACUUAGUCAAGAGGUGCUCAAAUAAUGUUGCAGAAUAUCAGGAUUUGAUACGUGGCCUAGAAAUGACAAUUGAUAUGGACUAUGCUUUAGCAAAUUUGGCAUCAACCUUAGCAUUGCUAGAUGUAGAAGCAAAAGUGCCAGUAUGCAAGAGAUGGGUAGUACCACCAAUGUUGGAUGUUGAACACGAAGAGGUGGAUGUUGUCUCAGUUUAUGAAGUUGAUAAAGAAGAUUGGCGACAACCACUUAUCAAUUAUCUGGAGCAUGGAAAAUCGAUAGAUGAUCCAAGAAAGAAAGCUGAAAUAAGAUGGCGGGCUUCUCGCUUCAUAAACUUCAAAGGUACGCUUUAUCGUCGCUCUUUUGAUGUAAUCUUCCUACGCUGCCUUGGGGAGGAAGAAGCUAACAAAGCUUUAGAAGAAGCACAUUCAAGUGUUUGUGGAGCACAUCAGUCUGGCCAAAGUUGCACUUCCAUAUUAAAAGGAUGGGGUACUAUUGGCCAACAAUGA